AUAUUCCAUAAUCGUGAUAAGAAAUACAUACUGGAAUGGGCGUCUUAGAAUGCCGUUAAUAUGACGUCGAUUGCUGGUCUUCUCCUACGUAAAUCAUAAACGGCUAUUUUGACGCCGUUAAAAUAUCUGAAACAAUAAAUGGAGGUCUAAAUUUAACAUAAAAAAAACAGGAGCAGCAAAACUAGCAAAACAAAACCAUGGUGUAUCUGUCGAUGAGUAUCGGAUUUAGUUACAGCAGCAAAACCUCUUCUCUGCUCUCGCCAGGUGGCAGUUUGACAGUGCUUUGCCAGGGUUUGGAGGAUUUUGGAUGGUCUCAAUUUGGUGGCCAAAUCAGCCAAAAGAGAGCAUCUUAUGCAGGGAGCAGGCGUACACUUGGAGGCAGCAAGCGAACUAGUUUCAUUAGUUGUAGCUGUAGAAAUCCCUUCUUUGGAUCAUCUGACUACCAUCUAUUUGCUACACUAAAGAGGGGUCUUCGAACAAGAGUCCAAGUUGCUGCAGAUUAUUCAGAUUCAAAGUCUGAUUCACUUAAGUACCAAGGAGAACUAGGCUACCAUCCCUUGGAAGCUUUAAAUGAUUAUGAAAAUGAGGAGAAAGGAGAGUUGAAGUUGAAAGAUGCUGAAAUUGCUAGAACAAUUCUUGAGGUUAAUCAUAAAGCAACGAUUAUGCUUUCAAACACAACAGAUGUUGAACUACAGGAUAGCAUAUUCUGGCCAGAAGUAGAAUAUGUGACCGAUGAGCAUGGAGACAUAUACCUUGAGGUAGAUAAUGAUGAAGAUGUUUUGCAGAGCCUUAGUAUGAGCAGUAUUCCUGUGAUUGUUUUCAUUGGACUGGAUGAUUUACGACAUUUUAAUGGACUUGAAACAACAAUGCAUGGAAUUAACAAUGAAUAUGAUAUUAAAGUAAUCAGUGACAGUGAUACUGAAAUUGAAGACGACUUUGAUGAGGACUGGAUAUCCUUUCUUGAAGAGGAGUCACACUUUUCUGAGUCAUUAGGAGAUUGGGCAAAUCUGGAAACCAUGCGUUCUGUCCAUCCUAUAUAUUUUUCUAGGAAGAUGGCAGAGGUGGUAUCUACCAACGAUUUAGAAAAGAUGGAUCGACCAUUACAAGGUCUUGCUAUUAUGGGACGUAUAAGACCUGCUUUAAUGGAGGAGGAAGCCCAAGUACGCAAAUUCUUAUCUGAUGAAAAGAGUGAUGAUGAGGAACUUGAAGAAUCUAUUGUUGACAAGGACAGUGACUCUGAGCUAGAAAUCAUGGAAUCACUUACAGAUGGUACUGUUUGGGCAAAUGGGCCAGGAAACGACGAGGACUAUGAGAUGGAAAGUUCAGUUUACAAGCUGGAAAUCAUCAACAUUCAACUUCUUUCUCAUUAUGGAAAUCAAUGCCUUGUAAGUUUACAAGAUUUUCAUCAAGCUGAACCAGAUAUUCUUGCACAUUCAGCUUCAACUAUAAUAGCCCGUAUUAAUUCUGCUGGAAAAAAGACAAAAAAAGCCCUCAAAUCUCUUUGCAGGAGGAUCAAAGGUAUUCAAGUUGAGGAAGCAACUCUUGUUGGAGUAGAUAGUCUUGGAAUUGAUGUUAGAGCUUGCUCUGGUAUUGAACUCCAAACACUGCGAUUCGCAUUCAACUGUCAGGCUACUUCUGAAUUCACUGCUGAGCAACAGCUUCGGCAGUUAUUAUUUCCACACAGUUGUCGCAGGCACCAUAAGCAGCGUAAAUCUCGUCGUUCAGGAAACUAAUAUUUGCUAUGAUCAGCUAGCAACUACUUUGCUUUGAGGGGAAUUACACAUGGAGGAGGCACCAAUGUCUAAUACUAGCAGACAAAUGCAGGGUUCUAAAAUGAGCCAAAGAAAUGCCUGCUAUUAUUCUGGAUUGUUAUUUCCCAGAAGAUAAGAGCUGGUUAUUGUUUUAUGUAUAAUUAAUAUUUAUGCCAUGUAACAUGAACCUUUCUUUAAUUUUUGUUACUUAUAGAAUGAUUUGACCACACAAUGUGUGGUAAUGGGUUAUAUUUUGAGAAAGCAAUCAUUUUUUACUGACUAAACUGAAGCAUUCGACCAGAAAUGGGUUGCUUUGUGUGAAUGCUUCCUUUAUAUGCUGGCUGGGCAUAAGCAGUUGAUUAAGAUGGCGUAGCAUCCAGAAAGCUUUUGGAAGUUAAUUUUAACAAUUCCCUGGCAGCACAGAGUGGUGUAUUUUGAGUUAUUUGAGAGUAUGUUAUAUGAAAAAAUUUCGGUAUAGGGGAUUGUAAGCACAACCAGCAUUGGCUUCAGUUUAUUGAUUAUGGAUGAGAUGGAGCUUUGGGACAUGCAGGUGACAAUUAGACGUUUUUGCUGAUUUAUUAUAAUCUGGUGGUGACUCUCCUUGGCAGUCGUUCUAUUUGCUUAUUUAUCAAAGAAGAUUAAUCCGUUCGAAAAGCAUAUUUAGCAAUUCUGAAGACAAAUCUGUAAGGUGUUGAAGGUACAUUCUAUUGCCAUAAUCCAUAAGGCAGUUUGAAGAAAUUGAAUGUAAGCAAGACAGGUGUCUUUAAAUAUAAUUUUUUCUUUCCACUAUGCA